CUGCGAGUGACCAACAGAGGCGCACACACUCUGCUUCACUGGGUGGCGCUCCAUCUGCUGUGUUUUUGCCGGCAGCCAUGAACAUGUCUGCUCUUGAAAGAUGACUGGCUUUGCGAAGGCUGGAAGACAGUGUUAAAAAUUACCUCAGGAUUUGUGCAAUGCACUGAAGCAAAUGGGUCAUCGCUGCACCCAGGUCCUUUUCCUCGUGCUGCUCCAGGCAUUGCAGGCACUAGCUGAAGAUGGCUCCAUGGAGUGUGUAUGCAUGGGCAGGGACUGCAUGGCGCAGCAGUGUAAAGGCGACCAGUGCUAUUCCUCCGUGACCGUCAGGGACGGCGCGCCCUCGUUCCACCGCGGCUGCCUGAUCGGCCCCGACAGCAGGAGCUUGACCUGCUUGUCUUCUCCUUCGACCAGUCACGUGAUCGAAUGCUGCGCUCAGCCCAUGUGCAACGCCAACACCUCGGCGGACGCGCUGAUUCAGCUGCUGCUCAAAAAUCCGGAGGGAGAACCCAUGCGAUACCGCGUGGAGACUCUGGUACUGUUGGUCCUGGUUCCUUUUGCCGUGUUGGCGCUGCUCACGAUGCUGGCCGUACCCGUGUGCCGGCGUCUGCACCCGCGCCGACUCGAGCGGCUGCACGAGUUUGACACGGAGCAGGGAGCCAUCGACGGCCUCAUCGCCUCCAACGUAGGAGACAGCACCCUGGCGGACCUGCUGGAUCAUUCCUGCACGUCAGGCAGUGGAUCGGGUCUGCCGUUCCUGGUGCAGAGGACAGUAGCGCGCCAGAUCAGCCUGGUCGAGUGCGUUGGGAAAGGGCGAUACGGAGAGGUGUGGAGAGGACAGUGGCAGGGAGAGAACGUAGCCGUGAAAAUAUUCUCCUCCCGGGACGAGAAGUCGUGGUUCCGGGAAACGGAAAUCUAUAACACGGUCUUGUUGCGGCACGAAAACAUAUUAGGGUUCAUGGCAUCGGACAUGACGUCCCGCAACUCGAGCACGCAGCUGUGGUUGAUCACGCACUACCACGAGCACGGCUCUCUGUACGAUUACCUGCAGCGUACCGCCGUGUCACCGCCCGACGCCCUGAACAUGGCUGCCUCGGUAGCCAGUGGCCUGGUGCACCUGCACGCCGAGAUCCUGGGCACAGAGGGCAAACCGGCUAUCGCCCACCGAGACCUCAAGAGCAAAAACAUUUUGGUGAAGAAGGACAUGCACUGCUGCAUUGCUGACCUCGGUCUGGCCGUCACUCACACGCAAGCUGACAAUCAGCUCGAUGUAGGGAACAACCCCAAAGUAGGCACCAAGCGCUACAUGGCCCCCGAGGUGCUGGAUGAGACGAUUCAGAUGGACUGCUUCGACGCCUAUAAGAGGGUGGACAUCUGGGCGUUCGGCUUGGUGUUGUGGGAGAUCUCCAGACGCACCUACAGUAACGGAAUCGUUGAGGACUACAAGCCUCCGUUCUACGACCUGGUACCGAAUGACCCCAGCUUCGAGGACAUGCGCAAAGUGGUGUGUGUGGAGCAGCAAAGACCCUUCAUCCCCAAUCGCUGGUUCUCUGAUCCGAUGCUCUCGGCCCUGGUGAAGCUGAUGAAGGAGUGUUGGUACCAGAACCCAUCGGCCCGACUGACGGCGCUGCGCAUUAAAAAGACUCUGGAUAAAAUCCUCAGUUUGUUAGAGAAAGGAAAACCGGACUGCUGAGCCGAGAUUUCGGAACGCGACUUGGUAUCAGCUCCCUCAAAAACUCGGAUCGUUCUGUGGAAAGCUGGGCGUUUUCACGCUCCCGGGAAUAAAACCCAAGCCAUUUUUAGACCCUGUCGAAGAUUCCAGAGGAAACGCGGUCAGGUGUACGGGUUUCAGGGAGAUGAUCCUAGAUCCGUUUUUCCAGGAGCGUGAAACCUACCUACUUUUUUUUUUUUUUUUUUUUGAGAGAAGUGAACCAGGUCUUUGGCAUCCACACCAUUGAGGAGCUCCUUCACACGCCCUCUCGUCCCCGUGCCUGCAUGUUAAAAGCUAUCGGAACGCUUGCGCACGCUGCAGCAGCCUCUUUUCUCCCUUUCAAACCGACAAUCGCUCAACGCUGGCAGGCAGCUUAAUUUAUUCCCCUAAACACGCACUCGCGUAUUCAUACUUAACACCGCGCUUGCGAUUUGUACAGUGCUGCAUAAUCGUCAAUGCCCCAUAAAGCUCUCGAGUUUAUAGAGUUAUAAGAGACGUAUUUAGAUCGGGGCAAAGACGUAGGACUACCACUACACUUCGUAUAAACUGUGACUUUAACCGAAUAUAAUAUAACGUAUUUAAUUAUAGGAACACUAAGACAAGGACGUGAGGGAAAUCAACCUUGGUUGUGUCCGAAGUGACUCACACAGCAAGCGCACAUCAAAUGAAAUCAAUCCUCAGACGUCACACGGCACAAACACGCACUCCUGCACUAGAGGAAGUCGUCUGCUUUCCACAAGAUUUCAUUUCAGCAUUUUUAAUUUAUUUAUUUUUUUAAAUGGAAGUAACCCCUUCCCUGAAAACAAUGCAAUGUUUAUUUAUUUAUUUUAUAAAAGGAUGUUAUGCACAAAAUAAUUCUCAUUGAUAAUUAAACAGAUUCGGGCUCAUCGUCGAACACAAUCCCGAUGUAUUUACAUAAGUCACAAUAAAAAUCUCAUGCUGGGUUUAAAGGUGCGUAAA